UGCAGGUGAUUUGGUUCAAUAUUUUGGCAGCUUUGGGGAAGAAAACUUCUGGGUUUUCUUAAAUUCUUUCUGUUGUAUUCAGAGUUCAACUUCUCAUCAGAAAAACUUUCGUGGGUAUGUGAAGAUUUUCUUAUAUAUGGUGGAAAUUGGGAUAUAAUAGGUGUCUUCUUAAGGAAAAUUGAAUUGGGUUGGUGCCAAAUCGUGAAGGUUAGAAGCUUUUGUGUGGUUUUGCGUGAUGAUGCUGUUCUAGGGUUUUGGUUAUGAGAGGUUUAGGCAUUGAUGAAAUGAGAAGGAUAUUAAACGUUUGGAAUGACAAUUCAACAACAAAUCGGUCUUAUGAGGACAAGCCGUUUCAUUGUUUUGGUUAUUCUGCUAUGUGCUUCAACAUCAAUAAGCUCAGAGGAGAGGAAAAUCACAGAGGAAGUGUUUCUCAGUCAACUUGUUGAUCCAGCAACUGGAAAGAUUGAUGGAGACAUGGCACAGCUGUUAUGGAUAAGUUGCAAGGUGGAUUUGGCCCAUUUGACGGAAGCUAUUGAACAUCUUCACUUAUGGUUAGAAGAGGAAACAUCUGGUGGCACAGAUGAAAUUAGUUCAAAAAGACUGUCAUCGGGAAAAGAAAGAUUUCAGAAGCUUAUUAGUGUCCUGCAUCCUGAGGUGAAACGAACUCUUUCAGAUUGUUUAAGAAAGCAUGGUCUCUUAUCCCGUGUUUCUGGAGAAGAGGGUGCCUCGAAGAUAUGGUAUACCAAGUAUUUUGAGUCCCUAUUUCCCAGACCUUAUGUUCCAAGAAGGAAUUUGGGCAGUGAAUUGCUUCAGAGCUCUGCUGACGGACCUUCUCCAGCCCCUGCAGCAGGAUCUCCUCAACUCAGUCCAGUACCAUCCGCUGCUCCAACACCUUCCAUUUCUCAAACUUCUAGGUCUAGGCGCCCUGCUGCACCAUUUUUUCCUUCCAAUUCCAAUAAUUCGACUGUGCAAGCUUCAGAGCCAGAUGCCAGUUUAAAUGUACAGGAAGAUAAAGGACGGAAUGAUCGUAAAAAAAUUGUCAUUGCUGUUGUUGUUACUGCAUCAGUGACUCUUGUUGUUGCAGCAGUGCUCUUUUUAUGCUUUACUAAAAUCUGUAGGACUAGGAAAAAAGAUGGACAAAAUGAUGAGAGGCCCCUCCUUAGCCUGAGUUUAACUGAUUCUAGUGGUUCUUCGUACAAGUCUUACGUUUUGGGAAAUUCAAUGAAAGAAGAGAAGCUUGACCAUCAAUCAUUGGAAUUAGGAUCCACUGGAGGAGCUUCCAAAUUUGAUACAUCCAGCAACAUCAAUGGACUGGUACCACCUCCUCCUGGAAGGCCUCCUACUGGACUGCCUACUCUAAAGCCCCCUCCUGGCAGAGCAAAUCCUCUCCCUCCUGAACCGCCUUCUUCUUUUAAGCCUCCGCCCAGCAGGAAUGGUCCUCCUCCUCCUCCGCCUCCUGUGCCACCUCCCACUUUGAAACCCUCGGGCAGUGCAGGCCCUCCCCCACCACCUCCAGCACCUCCUGGCCCUCGCCCCCCACCCCCUCCAAAGAUUGGUGUUCCUCCUCCUCGGCAACCUCAAUCGAUGCCUAUUGGUUCAAAGGUAGCUCGACCUCCUCCUCUUGCACCAAAACGUCCAUCAAAUGCUGCUUCUGGUGAGGUAGGUGGAUCUGAUGCUGAAGGUGAUGCUCCUAAAACCAAGCUGAAGCCCUUUUUUUGGGAUAAGGUUCUAGCAAACCCUGAUCAUUCAAUGGUUUGGCAUCAGAUUAAAUCAGGAUCUUUCCAGUUCGAUGAAAAUAUGAUUGAAACUCUGUUUGGGUAUAAUGCUGCUGAGAAAAACAAAAAUGAACGCAAGAAAGAAUCUACAUCCCAAGAUCCUUCACCCCAUUUCAUUCAAAUUAUUAAUCCCAAAAAGGCACAAAAUCUAUCAAUUCUUUUGCGGGCACUGAAUGUCACCGUAGAAGAAGUCUGUGAUGCAAUUCGUGAAGGAAAUGAGCUUCCCUCAGAAUUCCUACAAACUUUGCUGAAGAUGGCACCAACACAAGAAGAAGAACUAAAGCUUAGACUGUUCAAUGGUCAACUUUCUCAACUUGGGCCUGCUGAGCGGUUCCUAAAAGCCUUGAUUGUGAUUCCAUUUGCUUUUAAGCGAUUGGAAGCAUUACUUUUUAUGUGCACUCUUCAGGAGGAGGUCACCACCCUUAAAGAGUCCUUCGCAACCUUAGAGGUUGCUUGUAAGGAACUAAGAAGCAGCCGGCUUUUCCUCAAGCUUUUAGAAGCUGUUCUUAAAACUGGCAAUCGCAUGAAUGAUGGAACAUUUCGUGGUGGUGCACAAGCAUUCAAACUUGACACGCUCUUGAAAUUAUCAGAUGUAAAAGGAAUAGAUGGCAAGACAACCCUUUUGCACUUUGUUGUUCAGGAAAUAAUCCGCUCUGAAGGUGUCAGAGCUGCUCGUGCAGCAAAAGAGAGCAGGAGUUUCUCUAGCAUCAAAUCAGAUGAUCUCCUUGAGGAAACUUCCCAGGAAACCGAAGAGCACUAUCGCAGUCUUGGUCUUCAGAAAGUUUCAGGUUUAAGCAAUGAGCUUGAGAAUGUCAAAAAAGCGUCUGUUUUGGAUGCUGAAAACUUAACAGGAACUGUUACUAAACUUGGUCAUGCACUUGUAAAAACCAGAGACUUCCUGAACUCAGAAAUGAAAAAUUCAGGGGAAGAUAGUGAGUUCCAUGAAACACUGAAGAGUUUUGUGCAGAAUGCUGAGGUUGAUAUCACAGGUCUCCUCGAGGAAGAAAAGAGAAUCAUGGCUCUGGUGAAGAGCACUGGUGACUAUUUCCAUGGGAACGCAGGGAAGGAUGAGGGUUUAAGAUUGUUUGUUAUUGUUCGGGAUUUUUUACUAAUCAUAGAUAAGGCAUGCAGAGAGGUAAGAUUGGCACCAAAAAAGUCAACAUAUGUUCAAAAAAAGGAAGCACCUUCCUCUGAUCCUCCUCGUCAGCCUCCUACAACACCAUCUGCCUCCAAUCUUCGCCAGCCUCCUUCUCCUGAUCUCCAUAAGCGGCUUUUCCCUGCAAUCCAAGAUCGACGAAUGGAUAAUUCUAGCUCAGAUGAUGAAAGUUAAUAGAUUCCAUUUCGAGAAGGUGGUCGUCACAGAAUCUCAACAACAAAAUGCCUGUUCGGUUCUUCUCUAGAUGUCAUCUGUGGCCAAUGAUUUCACAGAAGGAUUAGUGAAAAAGGAGUUGGAGUUGGCCUAUGCCCUCUCUUCAAGGUGGAAUUUCACUAGAUAAAACCUACAGUCAAUUUUGAAGGUCCCUCUGAUGAUGUUUCACCCCCAUUCAUGGCUGGCUGUGUGCGUCAAUGUCUCCUCGCUAGGGUUUAGGGUUGUACAACGCCAAUACCAUACAGAAUUGUGCCUGCUCGUCCUAUUCAAAAGGCGAACAUUUCCUUGAGUGGUGGAGUGCCUUCAUUGUUAUUUGGUGUCCUGUUGAGAAUGAAAUUAUUAGAAAACAAUGUUAUUACCUUAAAAAACCACAACAUGCGCAGGAGCUAUUUAGAUAUAGUGAUUCUUUUUUUCUUUCCACCUAUUAUUCUUUGUUAUAUUUUUGUUCAUAAUUUUGACCUUUUUGGAGAAAAGAGGUGUAGCAAGGUAGUUUGAGAUCUAUAAAAUUGUUCAUCUUAUUGCCAGGAAUGAAA